UGAAGAUUGACAGGUACGGACCUAACUGCUUUAAAAAAAAUAGGAAAAAAAAAAAAGGGAAGCACAUGAACAUAGACCGUUAGUUGGCCUCCAAGCCGAGGUAGAAGCUUGGCACUACCAACUGGGGCCAAAAAGUACCUUAACUCCUGAAGCGGAGUGAAUACAAACUAACCUCAAUUCUUCCUGUGUCUUGACCCGAAAAUACCAGAAGUCAGAUUGAGAAUUCAUUCAACCGCAACAAUGGCAGCGAUCAACGACAAGUCCGCCUCGAGCAAAUCCUUCAUCAUCAACCACAUGAACGCGGACCACCAGAAGUCACUGGCCAUGUACCUCCGCGUCUAUUGCGACGUCGCCGCGGGAGACGCCAAAUCCGCACGGUUGGAGGACAUCACUCUAUCUGAUCUUCUUAUUAGCGCCAAAGGCACACGCUACAGCGUUCCCUUGGAUCCACCUAUGAAGACAUUCUCCGAUACCCGGCCGCGCGUGGUGGCAAUGCACAAGGAGUGUCUCCAACGGUUAGGGCUGUCGGACAUUGUGAUCAAAGAAUAUCGAGCACCACGAGGCCUCGAAGCGGUAAACUUUGGCAUGGUCGUAGCUACGUUGCUUGUGUUUUCUCGCGGCAGUAAUUUCUUGCCCGGUUCAUUCUUCUACGAGUCAGUUGGCCUUGGCCGAUUCCCAGCAUUCGCUCAGUUUUGCUACAGCGUGCAGGCCAUUCCGCUUGUACUUCUGCUGGGAAUACAUGCCAUGGAAGCGGUUCUGCUGUCGGUGAACCGCUUGAAACGUCACGGGGUGCCAUUUUUGUCUGGGGUGUGGUUUGCAUGGAUAGCUAGCAUAAUCAUUGAAGGGGUCUUUACGUUCAAGCGGUUUGAUCGGAUGGUGAAGGAAGAGGAAGAGAAGAGGGAGCAUAAGAAAUAGUGAUAUUUUUUUUUAAGAAAAAAAGAGUAUGAAACUACUAGUGGCAAAGUGGAGUGUAUGAACCUAACGAAUUUUUUUUCAUCAUUCUGUUUGUGCACAAAAGAUUUUAUGAGCUGGGAAAACUUGGAUUGGGGACUGAGGUUAUGAGAUUUACUUAUUGUAUGUACUUCUUGGCCGCCUUAAUACAGUGAGUUGAUUACCGUGUA